AGAAUGAAGUUCAUUUCUUAGAUCAAUAGGUGGCAGUUGAGCACCACCGGUAUGUUCACCGCCCGGACGGUAGGUGGCAGCACACUUCCUUUGUGGGAGAAAGUACCAAACGACCAAACUUCCUGCCAUUUUCAAGAUGGUUUCUCCCACAUGUAAACAUGCGACUUAAGUGUGUUAUCGGGUGCUCUGAAAAACGACAUUUCUCUCACAUUUAUUGUACAGUUGAGUAACUUGACGAAAAUCUUUAUAUUUUGCCUUUUUAAUUUUCAAAGAUUAGUGGGUUACUCCGUGUUAAGUUUGUAGCUAGCAGUAAUCUGCAGGCAGAGCCAUGUCUACGCAUACCAUCUUCGUUGGGUCUUUACCAGAUUCAGCUACAAACGAACGGCUUGAAGAAAUCUUCUCAGAAAUCGGUCCGGUCAAACAAUGCUUCGUGGUCCGAGAAAAAGGGACAGACAAAUGUCGGGGAUUUGGUUUUGUCAAGUAUUCAAUGGAAGAAGAUGCACAACGAGCCCUGCAAGAAAUCAAAGACUACGAUGGGAAGAAGCUCUCUCUUUCUAUGGCAAAGAAGAAGAUUAAUGACAAAAAGAAAGCAGUUAAAGAGACAGAUAAAGCACCAAAUCCUGGUCCAAAGAAAGCUCCGGGCAUUAAAAAACAACAGCUGAAAUCCCGACUCAUUAUCAGGAAUCUCAGCUUUAAGUGUUCGGAGGAUGAUCUAAAAGAGGUUUUUGAAAAAUAUGGAACAGUUUUGGAGGCCAAGAUUCCCUUGAAACCUGAUGGAAAAAUGCGAGGGUUUGCAUUUGUGCUGUUUAAAAAUGUGUGUGGAGCAGCAAAAGCACUAAAGGCGAUGAACCUAAAGGAGAUAAAAGGUCGACCUGUUGCAGUUGACUGGGCUGUUCCCAAGGACAAGUAUACUGCCUCAGCACAGUCAUCACAGUCAGGCAACAAGAAAACAAUAGAAGCAAAAGACACUGAUGACGAGGAUGAAGAAAAGAACAAAGUGGUGCAGCCGGUGGAAGAGCCCAAGUCAAAGGAUGAAGAUGAAAGUGAGGAGGAAGAUGAGGAUGAAGAUGGCAGUGAGGAUGAAGACGGCGGUGAGGAUGAUGAAAACAAUGAAGAUGACCAAGAAGAAGAGGAAGACGACGACAAGGAGGAGGAUGAUGAUGAUGAUGAUGAUAAUAGCCUUGAUUCAGACAGUGUACAAGAUGACAGUGAGGAUGAGGAGGAUGAAGAUGAUCAAUCAGCUAAAAGGAAAGCUAAGAAAAAACAACUUCCUUCUGAUGUGAAAGAAGGCCGAACAGUUUUUAUAAGGAACUUGUCUUUUGACACGGAAGAAGAAGGACUCGAGGAAGUUCUCCUUCAGUACGGAGAGCUUAAUUACAUAAAGAUCGUCCUCCAUCCAGACACGGAACAUUCAAAAGGUUGUGCGUUUGCUCAGUUUAAGACCAAAGAAGCUGCAGACAAAUGUAUUGCUGCAGCUCAGGAUGAAGCAGAGAAGGGGGGCAUCCGUGUGGACGGCAGAAAGCUGUCGGUUGUUGCAGCAGUGAGCAGAGAAGAUGCUGUCAAGCUAAAAGAUGAUAAGAAGAAAGUAGAAACGGGCAGCAGGAAUCUGUACCUUGCCAGAGAAGGAUUGAUUCGCUCUGGGACCAAGGCUGCAGAAGGGGUUUCUGAGGCAGACAUGGCCAAAAGAACAAGAUUUGAGGAAAUGAAAAGAGCCAAGCUUCGGGACAUCAGCGUGUUCGUCUCCAAAACUCGCCUGUGCAUCCACAACCUGCCUAAGUCAGUGGACAACAAGAAGCUCCGGGCACUCUGCCUUCAAGCUGUGAAAGGAGUCAAAGGAGUUCGGAUCGUAGAGUGUCGAGUCAUGUAUGACAGGAAGCCAGAGAAGGGUCAGGUGGUCGGACAGUCUCUGGGUUAUGGUUUCGUUCAGUUCCAGGAGCAUGAACACGCUCUUAGCACUCUGCGUUACCUGAAUAAUAACCCAGACAUCUUCAGCGCCCACAAGAGACCAAUUGUGGAGUUCUCUCUGGAAGAUUCAAGGAAGCUCAAAAUAAAAGAAAUAAGAAAGCAAAAGCACAAGGAUUUCCUGAAAAGUCAUGCUUUCAAGGGAGGGAAGCCUCAACAGAAAUAUCCUGGAGAAGUUAACAGAACUCAGAGAAGUGGAGAUGAAGAACAGUCAACGUCUAAAAAGAAAGGAAAAGAUAAAUGGAAUUUCGAAAAGCAGAACCAACGCGGAUUAUAUUCGGGCUUCAAGACCAAAGCCGAGGUCGAGCAUGUCGAUUUGCAGAAUGGAAAAAAGCGAAGGAAGGUUCUACCUUUGCCUUCUCACCGAGGACCUAAGAUCAGGAUGCGGGACAAAGGAAAGCAACAAGCCCCGCCCCCCAAGAAAGCGAAGCCAGGAUCCAAAAGAAACAAUCAAAGGAGAUUGCAGAUCGAAAAGCCGUCACAGCUUAGAAAUCAGAAGGUCCAAAAUCAAAAUAAUAAGCGGUUCAAGAGAAAAGAUGGCGACCGCUUUGAGAACCUGGUGGAGCAAUACAAGAAGAAACUGUUGGGCAGCGGGAACAAAGGAGCAAUCGUCAAAAGAAACAAGUGGUUUGAUAGUUAGAACGGAAAAUGAAUGCAGAGGAUUUUGUUUUUGAAAUAAUAAAAAUAGUAAAAACUUGUAAAAUUUGAGACACUUUUCAAAGACUUAUUAUGGUGUAAAAAACUCGAUUUGUUUUCCAGAAAACUGUUUUUUCUUUCAUUUUAAACAAGUAAAAUAUGUAAAGAAACAACGUUUUGUUUGUUGCUUUUUAAUAAAUAAAUAUUAAAGGAAUGAGUUGUAUUUUA